GCGCAAUUGCUUGCUAUGCAGAGCAACUUGAAUGCCUACGAGAUUGCGGAGCUCCGUUGUGGAGGAGAAAAGGGACGAGAUUGAGAAACUAUUGACUGAGAAUGAAGAGCGGUGGCGGCGGUGGUCUGGAGCUGAAGAAGGUCGUCGAUCCGUGGACGUCGACCAUCCAGAUCUCGCCGCCGAGGAAGUUUUCUUUGGAGCUAGGAGGAGGCCAAGGAGUCACCUGCAGCCAAGGAGUCAAGGUCGCCAACUCCAACAAUUUCCUCCGACAAUGCCACUGUCGCAAAGCUCAGCGAUUUAUUCAGUUCUUUCCGACUUCUCCAUUGGAUCGAUUUAUCCCGUCGCGAAAAUCGUUGUGGACUUUGCGAGAAUUACAAAGCGGCGACGGUGGCCAACAGGACUGACGACCGUUCCUCCUCUUCUCUCCUCGUCUUGCUCAAUAUGACCUCCCCUUUCCUCUCACAUCUUGUCGGCGAAAAUCCCAGAUCCAAAAAUUGAAGAACCCUAAUCACCAUUGAACUUACUCCUUGAAAAAUUUCAAAUCCAGAAACUGAAAAAUCCUAAUUGGGGGCACCUGCCACCAUUUUCACCAUCAAAUCCUCAUUGAAAAUCUUUUAUUUUAGUUUUCG